AUUAAUUGUUGAUCCCAUCAUGGAAUUGGAGGUUGAUUUGGGUGCUAUACAAAGUGAGGAAUUGCUAAGGAAAAUGUGGCAGCAAUCCGAGGACAGUGAACGCAAGAAGCAAAUACGAUCGCAUCUUUACAAGUUACGCGAAUCACGUUUGAGGAAUUUAUAUAGACACGAUCAGUUAGCGGCGGACAUAAUGUCGGAGCCCAAUUCAAACACUUUGGCUGGAUCGUAUGGCAAGGAUCCAUUGGCCACCAGUCAUGGCGAUGCCUUGCUGGAUCAGAAUUUUCAGAGUCUCAAGUCGAAGGAGGUGCGCGAUUCAAUGAGUCCAACACACGAGAUCAAGUUUCACUCGAUGAGCCUAACCCAACCGAAUACAACCGGAUGGGAUGUGCAGACCUCAUCGGAGGUUAGUCCCGAUGGACGAGCCUAUCGCACGGAAACAUUGGCCAAGACAGACGGUGUUGAAAAGCUCAAUGGUGGCGGCAUUGCGGAAUUUAAGGGUCGCAACGAGCAGCGUUCGAGUGCCUCGCAUCAGGGCGAUGACAAGAACUUUGUUAAGAAGGCCUCGGAGAGCUCCAGCACUCAAUUGCAAGAAAAUGUUGUCUUUGGUGACGACACAAGCGGUCGCACCGAAAUGAAGAUGAGCUCAACAACAUCGUCUUCCACAUCCAAGGUGGUUUCAUCAUCAUCAUCCUCGACGGUCGAGUAUGGUAAUGGUGAUGAUAACUCUCCGCGUUAUUUGCUAAAUGAACAGGCCACUCCUAGUCGUAACCCUCAUCAUCAGCAGCAGCAGCAGCAGCAACAAUAUAAUCAGCAGUUACAUCAACAGCAACAACAGCGAGAUUGGGAAGAACACCAGCGUAUCCAGGAGCAACGCAUCCAGGAACAGCGUCAUCAAGAACAUCGCCAGCAGGAGCAACUACGUCAGCAGGAGCAACUACGUCAGCAGGAGGAACGUUACUCUGAAAGCCGUGAGCAAUCCAACAGUACCAAGAACGUUUCCACCCAACAACACUAUGAGGAAAAUAAGCGCUAUGUAGACAUGGACAAGGCAUCACCCGAAUAUCAGCGUCAUGUCCAACAUCUUAUGGCUCAACCGGGUGAGAUUAUCUCGAAUACUGUGGAGUACCCCAAGCCGAAUGUGAAAAUGAUUACAACCGUGAAACGUUUGCCCGAUGGCACCAUUGUCAAGAACAAGCGCUAUGAGACCGAACAGUUGUCCCCAACAAAGGAGACGGCCGGACCACGUGAUCACCCUCGUGAUAUGGUGGAUAGUGCUGCGCCAACAGUUCGUCGUCGUCCAUCGGGCAACGAGGUGGAUGAGCAUGUUACCCAGUCGCAAAGUUUCUCUUCUGUCAAGAAGUCGAGUCGUCGUUUUUCCACAGAAACCACUUCGGAGACCAUUCAGGAAACCCACGAUGAUCGUGAGCAUGAGCAGCCAAGGCAGCAAAUUAAAGCUCCAUCGCCAGGUCGUCAGGAUUUUAGCACUCAGGGGUUUCCAUCGGUGAGACCGAAUAAGCCCACUCAAGAGUUUCAGGGUCAACGACCUUCAACCCCUCAGUCGCCACGUCAACAACCAACGACAAACUCCUUUUCCACACACGGAUUUCCCUCGGUGAAACCCAAUAUUGCCACACAGGAGUAUCCCAGUCAGCGGCCAUCUAGUGCCCUGAGCGGUGAAGAGGUCAUUGUGGUGAAAUCUGAGAAGAGUCGUAAUGUCAAGCAGCACACGAGCUCAGAGCAUACAAUUGAAACGGAAUAUGCUGGCGAUGAUCAGCCUCAGGCUCCCUCGUCGAUCCGAUCGAAACCACAGGCUCAAUUAAGGGCAUCAACCCCCAGCUGGGAGCAAGCGCCGGCAAGUCCAAGACGUUCAGAUGUACGCGAAGAUUUCAGCACUCAUGGCUUUCCAUCCGUACGUUCGGAUCAGACGGAUGGCGAGGUAAUCCAUCAUGUCACCAAGACGGUAAGUCGUAAUCACAGCGCCACGCAUAAGACCAAUGCAGAGCGUGUCAUUGAGACCGAGGUGGAGGAGCCCGAGCAGCAGCAGCGUCGCCGACCACAGCAGCUAAAUGCCCCCAACAAGGCACAAUACACUGGACCCCGGUCACCCACACGUCGCUCACCGACACGCAAGCCAAGUGGCCAAGCCUCACCGUCGGCACCAGGCCAGACCAAUCGAUCGGGUCGCCCUGGAUCAGAGUCCACGACAAGUACAACUUCUUCAACGGUGACGCGUCGCCAAUUGCAAAAGGAGCGGGAAGUUGAUGCCGCGCAUCGCGCCUUUGCCGCUUCUCUGCGCAGUAGCUCACCAGCGGAAAGCAACAUCUCCGUUGGAUCACAUUCCACGCAUCCACGACGCGAUAGUGGACGCGACUCGGCAGAGCCACAGCGUUUGACGCCACGCUCGAGCAUCUCCUCAAGCCGUACAUAUCGCCGUGAUGCGCGCGAGGGCUCCCAUGACAGUCAUGCCCCGUCCGAAUCGAGUCGCAUUAGCUCGACGACGGUGACACGCCAUGCCGCGCCAGCCAGCCACGUUACCACCACCAGCACCACCAAAAGUGUGGGUAAAAACGUUGUUACCAAGCAGCAGCAGCAGCAUCACACUGUUGUGAAAUCCCGUAAUGUGCAAGGUUCUAACGAAACAAUUGAUCUUAUGCCGCAGCGUUUGCAAAAAUCCCCGUCUCCGACGAGCGGAACGACCAAAAUAACGACCACUAAAACGACAACAACCACUCAAGUAACGGCUCCUUCCCCUGCACCGGCACCGGCAACGGCAUCGGCAUCGGCACCAACUAAACCAUCAGAGGCACCAUUAGCCAGUCCAUCAGUCGGCAGUAAUGAACCGUCCAAAGUCCCAGAUAACAACCUAUCACAGUAUACGUAUACUACUACUAAGCCAGGCGAUAUAUUCUCUUUGCCACCUACUUCUCCUACUUCUACUAUUAACAACAACAACAAUGAACCAACUAUAACUACAACUACAACUACAAUCCCAAAAAGAACCAACAACAACAACAAGAACACACCACUAACCACCUCCAAGAACAGCCAGAACUCCGACACCACCGAAACAAUCAUUAAAACAAAGCUGAGCACAAAUGAAGCUACCUCAACAGCUGCCCCUGUGGAAGAGCCACCGUGCGUUAAGCGACACUACUAUAAGGUCGGUCCGUCCGUUAAGGAGGUCCCAGAUCCGGUUCCGGUUCCGGUAACGAAUGCAACAGCGGUGACAAGUUCAGAGACCGUUGCAAAGCCCAAAGAACGCCCUAGCAGCAGGCCCAGCAUCGAUGAGGAUGGCCCAGUCAGGCUCAGCUCGAAAUCCAAGUCGCCGAGCAUCGAACGUCGACCUGUGCAGCGCGAAACAACUUUUGAAAGUCCCAAGAAGCGUCCAGAGGAUGUUUCGUUCAUCAAUGAGCAGGAAACUGUGAUUCGGGUGACCACCACAAACAGCGAGGUGAGAGACAAGUCUGGCAGUCCAUUGCCUCGCCCUCGUUCACGUCCAGGUAGUCCCGAAAAACAACCCACCCAAGAGUUGCCACGUUCUGUCAGUCCUGAGAAAACAAAGCCAACAACCCAAAAUAUCGACAGGGCUCAGUCACCAGCAGGACACAGCAGCCCAGUGCCGAGGCGUUCCAAGGAUUUUUCAGGUCCAAACACUCUCGAAAAGCCCCAUUCACGUCAACAAGUGCCGGCUUAUGCUGAAACGGUUGAGUUAACAAGUCAAACUAAGCAAAAAACGCUCGAAAAAGUCCAACCAGAUCGAGAAAGUCCUAUUCGUGGCCCAACAGACCGAAAAUCCAAAAGCCCUGAGAAAAUUUUGACGGAAAAACCCAAGACACAAUCGCCAAGAGUGAGUUCGGAACGAGUAAUUCAAAUUUCAGACAAUCGCAAACCAACGGAAACGGAGGAGGACACUCUAUUCCGUACUACCAUAAACGAAACCAUUAAGACCACAACGAAAAAUCUAAACGAAGAGUUUAUAACGAACGAGCGUCAGAGUCAGCCCCAGCCCCAGUCCAAAACCCACCCAACAGAGACACCAAAACCCAAUUUGGAAGAGGCUCCAGAAAGCCCCGAUGGCGGUUUCUACUCAAAGAGUCCAAAUCCUGAACCUGAAAGUGAGCCAGCUAAACCUACUUACCGGAAAAAGGGUCUAACCCGUAGAGAAACUUUUGAGGAUCGUUGUCGCAAAAUCUUAGGCAUGGAAGAAGAUGGCGAUACACAGGGUAACUAUACAGCGAAACCCAAUAAUGAUGAAAGUGAUGACGAUGGUGUUGAUGAUGAUGAUGAAGAGACAACCAGCGAAGUGGUGGAACAAACCGAGACGGAAACUAUACAGGUAAAAGUUGAAGAUUGUCUGGAUGAUGAUGAUGAUGAAGAUAAGGCUCGUCGUGUGACAGAGACAUUUGUCGUGCGUACUCAGCCAAUUAUCAAGAUUGAGGAUGAUCAACCUCAACUUAGUGAGGUGACAGUGGAAUUAGUCAGUGAGCCUGAAGAAUUGAUGGAACCAUCACAAAAAACCAUUGAUAAUACCGAAGAGAUGACCAUCAAUGAAGAAACGACAAUUGUUAUCAAUAAACGUCCCUCAAAGUCACCAUCAGUGGAGCGUAAGGCUCCGGCUCCGGCACCGUCUUUAGUGCAGCCAAGUUCAGUUCCAAGAAGCCCCUCGCCAGGGACAAGUUUCGUGGCAAAAAAGGUUAUCAGCACAGAUAAAACCGUUGUAGAAAAGAGCACCAAAUCUUUGCCUGAUAAAAAACAACCUAGUGAUUUGCGAUCCACAAAUGUCACUAAGAUUCCCUUGGAAAGCAAACCAUCUACCAUGAAGAAGCAGCCAUACGAUGAUGAGCCAAACCAGAGCGAACCCAAAAUGAAGACCCCCACUGAGAGACGUAACUCACGAAAUACAUCGACAACAAGCACUUCGACUACUAGUACAUCGACCAAAACUUCGUCGGUUAAGCAAACUGCAUUGAAGGAACCGCAACCAACUACAACCCCCUCCAAAGGUCCCAGCGCUAGGAGCCCACGCAAGGAAUCUUUGCCAAGGCGAGAAACCGCCAAGCGUGACUCUGUAGUAGAAGAGACACGCACGAAUACUAAAACAAAGUCAUCAGUCACAAAACCGAACGAAUUAAGCCCCUUGCCCUCAUCGAUCAAGGAUCGUCUUCGCUCUUCGCCUCGCAAACAGAGACCCCAAAUAUCCGACAACGUGGAUGGAGAAUCUUCUUCACCCGAUGGUAGUCCGACACGUCCAGCAACCACGGAACGUCGCCGAUCCAGUAACAUUUCCGUACACACUGAGAUCAUCAUAGAUCACACGGCUCCCAAGACACCCUCACCACGAGUUGAGCGAAAAUCCGUAUCGAAAGUCAAUCCAACACGUAAACCAUUCCCAGUCGUUGAGCGGAAAGAGUCAGCACCAGUGCCGCGGGUUACCAAACGUGACAAGGACAAGGUGACUCGUUCCACCAGCGAAAAUGUGAUCAAAGUGGUAAAUGGCAAACCAAGUAAGCCGACUGUGGAAAUGAGCACAUUGCGCCCUCAUACAAACCGCACCACAAAGUGCUUUACCACAAAGACCAUCAACUUAUCGGAACAGAUCAGCAAUAACGAGCUGGAUAUGGAGAAUGUCAUUAUCGAUAUACAACAGGCGAAGAGCUCGAGAGAACCAUCACCGGAUCGCAUAGUGCCAACACCAGUGCCAGCCGAACUGGACACUGGUAAGCCCCGUUAUCCGGAUGUUGUCCAAGAGCCAGAGGAUGAGCCCCGUAAGAAACCCAUUGUCACCAAUAUACCAAUCUUCGAGGAAGAGGCCAAUUCAUAUGUGGGCUAUCAGAUAUCUGAGUUGCGUACCUCCAAUGGCAUCGAAGAUGAUAUACUAGAUAACCCCACUGUGGAGGCUCCUCAAAGUUUGGAUUAUCCCACCAGCAGUAGCCGUAAUACCAUCGUAAAUGACAUCGUUGAGGACGAAUGCCUGCUGAGUGUGCAUGAGAAGGUAUCCAAAUUUACGCACUCCGCCGAGCAGGUGAAGCAACCGAAAUCCUCGACACCUUUUACUCGUCAGUUCGAUGAACAUACCAAGGUGUCGGCAAGUGAUGAGUGUUUGCUUUCGAUCAAUCAAAAGGUGGAUAAGUUUUUGAAGACAGCGGAGAAUAUAACCAAGCAACCGAUAACACCGACUCGUGACAUAGAGCGUCCGAAUUAUGAGGACCUGGACGAUGAGUUGCGUCAAGAUGACUGCACCUUGAGUGUCUCACAAAAGGUAUACAAAUUCAUUGAUACUGCCGAGAAAUUGGCACCCACUGUACCACAAAAGUCACCCGGAUUGGUGGCUAACAUUGAGCGUCAUAUAUCCAGACAGAGUGAACCCGAAUUGGAAGACGAAUCAGAGCCAGAGAAUCCAAUAGAUUCUGAUACAGAUGUAGAAAAGAAAAGUCCGCUCGAUGAAGAGGAACUUACGCCCAUGUCCAAGAAUCAUACGACAGCCUUAGAGCUGAAGCGGCAAAAGGAUAUUCUCAAUCGUCCAUCAGUAUUUGGCAAAACGCAGCCGCAGCCGAGUAAACCUCGUAGUAAUCCAACCACUGCUUUUAUCAAUGAAGAGCGCAAAUCUCAGAGUGUAAAUCAACGGACAUCAACAACAACAACCAGGCAAACAACUAGUCCUUCAAAGUCACCAAGUCGCUCUACACGUCCUUCGCUUGCCCAAACCCGUCCCAAGCAACCAACCCAAGUCAGUGCCACAGAUUCGGGAAGGGACACCAAGAGCCCAACAAAGCAAAUGGAGCAUAUAAGCCAACAACAAUGGGUUCACAAUGAUGUAGAUAUCGAGGUAGAGGAGGUGGGACCUGCUCCCGGUGCUUAUAAGGUGCCCUCAAAACCCCAAGCCAAAUCGCCAUCCCUUUCACCAUCGCCGUCGCCAUCGCCAACGCGAUCGCGACCAUCGUCCUCUCGUACUGCUAGCAAGACCAACUCCACCGUAGUUAAAACCACCUCCUCCACCACUGAGCACCACAACACCAGCACCACCAUGCAUACCCCAACUAACCAACAACAACAACAACCACAGGCCAGACCCAGCCAUAGCCCCAGUCCUUGUUCCAGUUCUCCAGUUGACCAUAAAAUUGACUCACUUCCAGGCCAGGUUAAGCCAACACGUUCCAGCACGGUGGCCUCACGUCGAAAUGUCUUUGAAAAGGCUUCAUCGCCAUCGCCAAGACCAACUAGUCCAAGCACAGAGCCCAAUGGACGUCGUCCUUCCUACAUGGAUCACACUAAAAGUUCUCUGGAACACAUACGUCGUGAUUCUUUGGAAAUUAACAAGACCCAUUAUUCACGCAAAUCCUCCAUUGAGGACGAACCCAACGGUGAGCCACGUAAUCCGAAUACAUCUGUUAAAUUCGAUGUGCCCACUAAGCGGCAAUCCACCAAGACGUCUAGUAGCAUCAGUGAAGGGGUCAAACAGAUCGAUUUGGAAAUCGAAGAGAUAUUCGAUCUGCAGAUCUUGGAACAACUUUUAGAGACCGUAACCAGUUACGAGUUGCGUCGUCGUAUACGAGCUCAGAUGCGUUUGAUCAGAAAGAAUAUGAUCAAUGCUGGAACGACAACAACAACAGCAACGACCACUACCACAACGAGCAAGACCAGCAGCCUAACAUCAUCUCCCAGUGCUGGCCGUAGUCCCUUGCCCUCUCGUCGUGAACCACAGCCACGUGAUCGUAGUCACAGUCCCGAAGGCAAGGCGACCCUUAAGGUGCGAACCAAUAGCAAUCGCUUGCAAUCCCGAACUUCGGAGCAAGUAGAUAUCAAUAGCCUACAAGGCAAGCCACCAGUCAAACCCCGGGAACGUAGUGCUAGUCCAGCCCAAAGUCGACCAGCUACCGACACAAUAACAACCACUACCACGACGAGAACAACCACCAAAUCCCGCAAUGGUCCAUCAACAUCAUCACCAACGCCCGAAAGGCGUUCCAGCAAGCCCAGCAGCAGUGGACCCAUUUGGGCUGAUCGUAGUAAAGUACUACGGGGUCACAGUAACCCCGUAACCUCUCAGUCACCAACUUCAGUGCGCAAGAGUUCCACCUCAAGUACGACCAGUAGCAGUAGCAAGGUUACACGUACCCAAAUGGCAACGAGUUCCACCAGUACCACCAGUUCCAGUACCACCAAGAAGAACAACAAUCGUGAAGAAGAUUCCAUAACUUCUAGCUAUGGCGUUGGGCCUACAGAUGAGAACGGUUUGCCUGUUUUUGGAUUACGAGCACUCAAGAAGAAGACCCAACCGGUGCCCUGUGAGACCAAAGAAGAAGUCACAGGUUAUGUCAUUGAAGAGAAAUUUUACUCCGACAGCAAAUCUCCGCCACGUCAUGAGCGCAAGGAACUUCAUUAUUCCACCAAUGCCGAUGAAUUGUCCAAGCUUCAGACACAAUUGGAACGCAAGUCCUCAAAUGAUUCUUCAUCCCAUGCCAUUAUCACACGAGAGUUUGAGAAGAUUGAACCACCAAGUGAUACCAAGUAUGUGCGACGCGGAUCGGUUAAGGAACUAAGUGAGAAAUUCAUACAGAAAGAGUCAACGACAUCUCAUGUCGAAAUGCCCGACACGGAGACGGAAGAUAGUGAAUCGAAUGAGGUUUGCAGUGUCAUUGAAGUCGAAACACCAGCCCAAUUGAGACACAAAGAGCGUUCAAGCUCUACAUUCAGCUCGAAUUCCACGAGCACACGAUCACAAAAUACACGUUCUUUUUUGAAUACCAAAGGAGAGGAACGUCUGGUAACUGGGGUGAAUGAUGUCCUAGAUCGUAUGCGUAAUGCCGAUAAUGUGAUUGAACCUGGUGAUUCUAACGAGGAUCGUGAGGCACGGGCUUUGCUUAAUAAAUUCCUUGGGGCAAGUGUUUUGAUGCAGGGCGUGGAGAGUAUGUUGCCACCCGGCACCACCACCAGCAGCAGCACCACCACCACCAGCACCGCCGGUCAACGUCAGAAUAGCCAAGCGGUGAAAACCACGCGCAUUACCAAUACCUACAGCAAAUCAGGUAGUAGUAGUACUACCAAUAGCAACAACAACAACAACAAUAAGAACAGCUCCUCAUCACCAGUUCUACGUACAACUUGUGACAUCGAGGACAUUUGGGACGAACAAGUGCUUAAGCAAUUGCUGGAACAGGCCUCCAAUUACGAGGAGCGUCGCAAGAUCCGUGCACGCCUACGCGAACUUAUGGCGGAACGUGAAGACAAAAAGGCAGGCAAUAUAGCCUCUGCCAAAAAGCAGGAGGAAGCCGAGGAAAGCAGCGCCAGUGAGUAUGAGGAGAUAAUCGAAGAAGUCACCGAUUAUAGCGACGACGACGACGUCGACGAGGAAGAGCAAACAGCAAAAGAGGUGAAAGAUUCCAAAAAGGACGACAAAGACGUCAAGGAAAAGCAACAACAAUUGGCUAAGACAAUUGAAUCAAAGACAAAUACCACUCAAAGCAAAUCGGUACAAAAAGUUGAACAAAAAUUAGCCAAAGUUGAGUUGGAAAGCAAACAAGAGACGGUCGUUGACGGACAUACUCAAGUGCAGGAGGUCAAGCAGGGUGAGUCCCUGUCAGCAUCUGCAACUGCAACAGCAACAGAAACAAGUGCAGCAACAACACCAAGUAGUAGUCUUAGCAGUAGGAAAUUUAGUAGCCAGGUUAGCCAAAAACUUAGAACCAGGGACAAAGCGAAAGCAGACACAAUGCCAACGGGGGAAGCAUUGUCUACAGGAACAGGGUCAACAGGAACUCCGCAAGUGACAAGACUGAGUGUGCCUCAAAAGGAGGAUUCGGGUACUGAGAGUGGUGAGGAUUUGCGUUUACUGGCCGCCGGUUUACGUGAUACUCUUCAGCAGCGCAGCAGUGGCGAUGCCAGCGACGCCAAUCGUUCGCUUGUCGAGGAGGUAACAGAUGCCCUUAGUCGAUUGGAGUGCUCAUUGAAACAGGGCAAGGAAUUGGCCGUCGACGGGGGGCAACGUCAAGCUCUAUUGGGACUUGUGGCUCGCCUGCAAACAGGUCUCAGUGCACCAGAGAAAUUGCCCAGCGAUGUUGAGAAUAGUUUACCAUCAGGAACACACCAACAGCAACAAGAUGUCGAUCAGUCUCCACCAAGUCCAGAGCCGGAUCAAUCGGGCAGUCGGCAGCAGCGUUUCGCCAAACGUCGUCAACGGAAUAGUCGAUACACUGUUGGUGUGAGUCGCGAGGAAUUGGCCGAUGCGCGUCGUUACAUGGAGGACAUGUUAAUGUUGGAUAAUAAGAAGAGUUUUGUGCCGCUGGAAAAGAAUGCCAGUUCAAGUGCCAUACAGCCGGGCUUACAGCUAUAUAGACCCAAUCAGUUUGUGUCUAAUCAACAGGGAAGUGCCGUCCCCCCAACAGCAACAACAGCGCAACAAGGAACACAUCUGAAACCAUCGACUGCCGGAAAUAAUAGAAGACCUCUCUCCGGUGAUUAUGCCGUCAGUUUCGCCAGCUAUACAAACGAUCAGGCCCAUCAGAAUCAAGUGGAAGAGACGACAAAUGCUAGAGAUGGAUCCAAUAAUCGUUUCAAUGGUGCGAGAAAACAGCUAAUGAAAAGAGCCAACACCAUUGACAUACCCAAAGCUAAGGCCAAGUAUAUGGCGGAUUGUGAUAGCGAUUCGGACGCAGAAUUGGAUGAGGGUCCACAUUUGGGUCUCAAGCGUACGGUUCAGGUCAGUGUGAAGCGUCGUGUACAUAAUGCAGUGCCACCGUUUGAGCCCAAGACGGAGAAUGAUCACAAGUUUUUGGCCUUUAUCAACAAACAGAGCCAUCAGAGUGGUCUGGGCUGGGGUGGUGGUGGUGGUUCAUCGCGUAGUGUUUCGAAUUGGACCCAUAAGUUUGGUAACAUCAAGCAUACAUUCGAGACUGGAGCGGCGGCUCAGGCCACAAAGGGUAAGCCACCGCAGGCACCAAGUCAUGUGCCAGGUUGGGCUAAACAGGAGCAUCAACAGCAGCAGCGCGAGCAAAUGCAACGCGAACAAAUGCAGCGAGAGAAACUGCAACGAGAACAUGCCCAACGCAAGCAAUUGCAGCGAGAGCAUUACCAAAAGGAGCAACUACACCGUGAACAAUUGCAACGAGAGCAGCUGCAACGAGAGCAAUUGCAUCGUGAACAAUUGCAGCGUGAGAAACUGCAGCAUGAACAAUUGCAACGUGAGCAAUUACAUCGCGAACAAUUGCAACGAGAACAAUUGCAGCGAGAACAAUUGCAUCGAGAACAAUCACAGCGAGAGCAACUCCAACGAGACCAACACCAACGAGAACUGGAACAAUCUGCUGCCGCACAAGCUCAGGCCCAGGCCCUGGCUGAACGCCAGCGUCGGCAGGAGCUCGAGAGACAGCUUUGUCUCGAACAGGAGGCCAGAUUCGAACGCGAACAGCGUGCUCGCCUCGAGCGAGAGUAUUACGAGAAGCAACUGGAGAUACAGCAUCUCGAGCGUCAACAGCAACUGGAUCGACAGCGCAAGCAUCAAGAGCAAAUGGAACUGCAGCGUCGUCAGGAAAUGGAAUUGCGACUCCAACAGCAAAAGGCAGCGCCACUCAAUCACUUUAUACACGCUCCCCAAUCCGUUUUCCGGCCCAUCGAGCAUGAUCAGGUGCCGGCACCAAGCAUCUUCAAGCCCAUCGCCCAAAAGCAUGGCGCUCAACCAGCCACAUGGCAACCGCCUUCAACCCAAGCCAAAACGGGCAAACAUUUGCAAGCGCCCGGAAGAUUGCAUUCGUACAAUAGCAAUACGCCGUCCCCCUCAUCGACAGCGACAUCGCCCAUUGGCCUGCCCUGGGUGGCCAAGCCCAAGGUGGACAACAGUGACUUUAGGCGCAAGGCUCAUCACUUUGAGGAGCGUUCGCUAAGAGACAAUCUUGAGCAGCAGCAGCAGCAGCAGAACGUUCAUCAUGCGCCCAACACUUAUUUGCAACGUCACAACUCACUGCGCUCGAAAUCGCCACCGCCCACUGUUUACACUGAAUUCAGGAAACGUCCAUCCUUGCCCAAUGCCAUGGAUCCAAGUGGUGCCAGCUAUCAAGCGACAACGGCGGCGGCACCGCCUCCUCCGCCACCCACCAAUAUCUCAUUCACGUACGCAGACUUUCCGCCAGUGCGUAGACAUCAGGGACACUAUAAUAAUAAUUACCGAAGUCAGCCCUGCCUGCCGAGUGCUGUGGCCGAUCAGGCUGAUCCACUUACCAAUCCAUUGGCAGCGCCACUGGUAUUAACCACAUCGAAUCCAACAUAUUUACCACCUACUUCCACGCAUCACACCGCCUACGAUACAUCGGCAUCGUAUCAUCCACAUAACAAUAAUGUGAUCGAUGUGGACAGCUCGCCGACAAGUCCAACCAGUUUCCUUACAGUGCCCGCCAUGACGGACAACACAGACGAUGAUCUCGACAUGGAUUCGGAUAACAAUAUGCUCGAGUAUCGAGUGGAGACCAAAGUGAUGCGAAAGCCAAAAAGUCUAACCGCUGUCCGAGUGGCUGAUCGUCGCACAGCCCAUAUGAGUGAUGACGAGGUCUUCGGAAGGAAUUCCCGGGCAGCCAAGUCGCUGCUCUACACCAUGAAGAAUCUGAGUGGUGCACCGGAAACUGAACGCCCACCACCAACAUCAGCACCACAGACAUCAUCUGUAUUAAAUAGAGGCCGAAUCGAAGCGAAACCUCAAUCCAUGACAGCGCCAAAUUCACCAAAGCCCGGAUGCCUCUCACCCGAUGGUCGGCAGUAUCAGGCACCACUUGUGGAACCACUAUUCCCCAAGCUGACCAACUAUGAGGCGAAUCGACAACCUCAUUAUGCAUCAAUUCCAUCGAUUCCUGUCAGCAUCAACUAUCAGGCGAAUCCCACAUACACUCCACCAACGCCUCCCGUGCAGCAACCACCACGUCCAGCCACCGACAAUGGCUAUCUGGGCGAGACACACACCUCUUAUGUGGUCACCUAUCCAUUGGAUGAUUCGGCCGAUGAACUAGAGUCAUCGGUUAGUCAACGUCUGCGACGAACAUCAGAGCGUUCCAAUGCCAGUUCAUCACUGUCCCUGCCAUCGGCUAGCACUAGCUGGACAGCCAAUCCCGUGCACAAGCAACCGGCCCCAGUGGCCCCAGUGCCACCUCUUGUGGAUCGCAGUAAUAAGCCGCAAUUGGCUCCAAAGCCCGAGAUUCCCAUACAUCAAGCGCCCUCGGGACGUCCAAGAUUAAGUAUACGCAGUCACACCAUUGGCGAGACAACAACCAGCAGCAGCACCACACCAAUGCGUCCUCAAGCGCCCAUGUUACGCCAGUCAGCCAUUAUAGAUUCAACGCCAGCACCAGCGCCACUUAAGAAUCGAGUGAUGUCCCAACAAUCGCUGCAAUCGACUUCUGCCCUCCAGAGCCAUCAUCAACAACAGCAACUGCGUAAGGAUCAACAACAUUUGAGUGAGCUGCGACGCAAAAGUUUGGGCAAUGUACUCGAACAUCGUGGCCUGACUUACUAUGAACAUCAGCAGAUGCAGGAAUACAAGUCAUCUGCUCCUGCAGAUACUCCAGACAUAGUAAAGUCAUCGCUGCCUAAAGAGAAUGCUCCAUUGUUAAAGAAAUUUGGACCACCGCAGAGACAUCAUUAUGUGCCCAAUGCCUAUCAGAGUCCACAAUUGAAAAACAGCAGCAGCAGCCAGGUGACCACAACAACAACAACCAUACAACAUGAGGUAGUCCAUCAGCAGCAGCAGCAGCAGCAGAAACCUAGCAUAGUUGAGACACCUGCCACACCUCAACCUCAGCCAGCUGAUCUGCCACCUGAAGAGCAAAUUCCACGCAAUAUAGUCUUUAAUAAUGUCAGUGCAUUCAGCUCUAUGAGUAGACGCAGUCAGGAGGACGAACAGCAGCAGCAAGGAGGAGGGGGAGGUUCACGUAUCAAUCGACUUAGCAAAUGUGAUUCAUGGACACAAAUAUGCCAGCAACAGCAGCAGCAAAGCAAUGUGAAUCCAAGCAAAUACAAUCAAGCUCCACCUGGAGGAGAAUUGAGACGUUCAAAGUCAGGACAUACGCUCGCUGUGCCCAAACUCUAUGAGGCUGGCAUUGACAAGUCCCAAGUGACGGAGAAGCAGCGCACAGUGGCUGCCUAUUUUUCGGGACAAAAAUCACCCACAGGUGGUGCUGGUGGUGCUGGUGGUGCGGUGGUGGAUGAAAUGCGCACACUGACUGCAAGCACGAGUUCACGAAAAUCGGCCAUCAAUCGAACAAAGACCAGCGAGAAGCUGUCGACAGCACGCAAAUCUCUCAGUACAUUGUCCAGCACCUCCAAUGGUAAUGUCUCUAUGGCGGGACGAGGUGGUGGUGGUGUGGCUAUAUCAUCGGGUGGCAUCGGUGGCCUAAGUCGUAGUGCCACAAUGCCGCAUAUAGCGAAUCUGAAUCUACUCGAUGAGAGUAAUGUGGAAGAUGCAUUCGAACAGCUCAUGAUGGGCCAACAAACGCAAAGCUCAACGACCAGCGAACGCACUGCGACCAAGUCAAAGGAUGGCGGAUCCACUGUCACCACCACAACAACAAAAGUUACCACACGCACUGUGAGUGGUAGUGCCGCCGCGACCUCAAAGAAUAUAUCACCUUUGGCCAAGUUCAAGCAGCUGGAUAAGCAGGCCGCUGCCCAGCAGGCACAAAAAUCAUCUCCAACAACAAGCACACCCACGACCCCAGGCGGUUCAGCACAACCGUUAUUCAAAUUUACCGAUCCGGCAUUAAAUGCGCGCGCCGCCACUGUCAAGGAUCAACUUCUGCAGUGGUGUCAGCACAAAACGCAGGAAUAUGAGAACGUCCAAAUAAGCAACUUUAGUUCGAGCUGGUCAGACGGCUUGGCCUUCUGCGCUCUGAUACAUCAUUUCUUGCCAGAUGCAUUUGAUUAUAAUAAACUAACCAAACAAACUCGACGACAAAACUUUGAGCUGGCCUUUAGCAUAGCUGACGAAAAAGCAGGCAUUGCCCCAUUGCUGGAUGUUGAGGAUAUGGUGGAGAUGAGUCGUCCCGAUUGGAAAUGCGUAUUUGUCUAUGUUCAAAGUAUUUAUCGUCGUUUUCGCAAUUGUCAGUGAGGUGUAGACCCCUCCCCUCCCCCACAACUACUCAAUCCCCGCCCCAAACUAUUAUCGGCAAGCAGUUGUUUUAAAGCAUUUCGUGUUUAACCUCAAACACGCAACCUAACUACAUACAUAUAUAUACAUAUAUCUUUAUAUUUUACUACAUACAUAUAU